AUGGACUAUUUUCACGCAUGCCUCGAGAACGUGCGGAGGCUGUCCGUGGGCAAAACGAAGCAUCUGAUGCUGAAAGCUCUGGCUGACACACUAGGUGGUUACUUGCGGGUUUACAUCCUGCCUCUCACGAGGCACUCCUAUUACGCAGGGAAUAUCAAAUAUCGCAGCGCGAAGAUGCUGUUCGAGCUCUUCGACGAGCUGAAGACCUUCCUGCGGACGAAUGGUGCCGGCUGGUCGAGACCAAGCCAAGACGUUCGGGACGUCAACAUUCCGCCCAUUACGAUCACGCCGCCGAAAACGUCGCUCGCCUGCAACGGGCUCAUCACGUAUUCAGCUCCUUUCGAUCGCAACAGCGGGGAUUACCGAAGCUUCACUUUCAAGAGGAAGAAACGUGCCACGGUGAAGCGAGGAGGCGCCAGACGUGCGGUCAGUGGUUACAACAAGGAAACCGCGACGGACGAAGUUAUAAUACCACUCCCGUUCCUCGACAACGAAGUGGAGCCCAACAGCAUCGCUCUGCCCUUCAGAAACGACAGCUUGCAGUCAUUAUAUUCGGAGAAGUCGGCUUUCGCGCUCGUAAAGUAUUAUAUUGUCAGCGCGAAGUGCAUCGCCUCGCGAUCGAGCACGAGAUCGCAGUCGCGGCUGUUCAACAAGAACUUCCACAGCUGGUUGCGACAAUCCGUGCUUCGACACCUGGACGACGAGAAGUGGUAUCCGGCAUUCGGGGGUGUUCUGAGAGUAAUGGCUACCUUGCGGGAAUCGGGCGAAGGUGCCACGAAGAGCGGGGCAAGCGGAGCUUAUCAAAUGAUGCCGAAAGUAAUGACGGGCCACAAAAGUUACACCACGGACGAGAGCGCAUCGCUGUUUCAUCAAGGAAAAGGGGAAAACGAUGACAACACGUCGACGCUCGGAACCAUGGAGAUCGUGAUUAUAGCGGUGGUGUCCGCGUUGGCAAUAUGGCUGCUGGUGGGUUUAUGCCUGGUGUGCUACAAAUUCCUCAGCAAGGAGUCGGAGGGAUGCCCACCCUGCGAAUCGAAGACCACCCCGUUUGCUGUUCUGUACAAGAACGUGGACUACUGCGAGCCGGAUACGUGCCCUUCGAGAUCGUCGCGCACGAAUGUAGUUGAAAAAUUAAAGGAAUGGUGGAGGAGCAAGUUCGGUCGAUGCCCAGGGGGAUGCCAGAAGCACGAAGAUGAGGAACGUUGCUUGGCCGCGAUCAAUUACAGCAGUAAAGACACCGUUAACGACAGCACCCGGAUUUAUUCGUGGGCGUAUUUUUGCUAUCCGUCUUCAUUUUAA